AUGGAAUUGAGCAUAAAACGAGUUCCCCAAGAUAUCCCCAAAGCAACGGGUAUGCAGAAAGAGCGGUUCAAACAGCAAAGAAAAAUCUCAGCACAGCAAAGAAAAGCAAUGAAAUCCUUUCCUCUUACCUUACAUUGCUUGGUAAUCACACCACGUGAUAACAUUUUAGGCAGUCCCGCCCAACGACUGAUGGCCAGACGAACGAAAACGUUAUUCCCAAUAAGUGAUACAUUGCUAAAACCAUCUGUCAUCGAGCCCAGUGAAGUUACGAAACGCUUAUCACAUUAUCGACAGCAAAGCAAAAAGUACUAUGACCGCACAGCUAAACUUCUUCCAAAUUUGCAAAAGGGAGAUGUGGUGCGAGUCACAGACAUCAAAGGGAAAUACAUGAAAAAUGGAACUGUUAUAAGCGAGACAAGUUAUCCCAGGUACAACAACAACAACAACAACAACAACAACAACACAACAACAACAACAACGACAGAAUUAUAG